AUGGCGCCCAGUUUCGACACUUUAUCCGAGCAGGACCUCCACGAGGAGGAGGAGGAGGAGAUUGACUUCUCCGAUCUCAAGGAGCAGCUCGAUGUCAAACUCGAUGAGGGCCUUGAUACCUUCGUCGUCAUUGACGGUCUCCCCAUCGUUCCCGAAGAAUCUCGCCAGAAGCUUGUCAAGUUCUUGUUGAGGAAAUUGACCAGCGUUGGCAACACCUCCGAAGAUGCCGUUUUUAUGCCAGUGACCGACAAGGGCUCAACUGAAGGAUUCGCCUUUGUCGAGUACGAGACCCCCGAGCAGGCUAUCGCCGCCGUUAAGCAGCUGCACGGCGUUCCCCUCGACAAGAAGCACACCCUUUCCGUGAACAAGUUGAUGGAUAUCGAGCGCUAUGGUCGUGAAGGUCGCAUUGAGGAGGAGUACGUCGCUCCCGAAUUGGAGCCAUUCAAGGAGAAGGAGCACCUGCGCUCCUGGAUGGGAGAUUCCAACGCCCGUGAUCAGUUCGCCCUGUACCGAAAUGAUAAGGUUGGUGUGUUCUGGAACAACAAGUCCAACCCAUCAGAGAACGUCGUCGACCGCGCACACUGGACACAACUUUUCGUUCAAUGGUCCCCCAAGGGUACCUUCCUCGCCUCCGUCCACCCUCAAGGUGUCCAACUCUGGGGUGGAGCCUCAUUCUCCAAACAGAAACAGUUCCCUCACCCCUUCGUCCAACUCAUCGAAUUCUCUCCCCUUGAGGGUUACCUGACCACAUGGUCUGCCCGUCCUAUCCAGGUCGAGGAAGGCCAACCUAUCUUGACUUACGAGGAGGACGGCAAGAACAUUAUUGUUUGGGAUAUUGAGACCGGAAAGCCCCUCCGUUCUUUCGUGUCUCACGAUCUGGCUGCUGGUCCUGCCGAUGAGGGUGAGGUUCAGCCUAAGAAGAAGGUGCAGUGGCCCGCUUUCAAGUGGUCUGCUGAUGAGAAGUACGUUGGUCGUAUGCUCCAGGGCCAGUCCCUCUCUAUCUACGAGCUGCCCAACAUGAACCUUCUGGGCAAGACUUCAGUUAAGAUUGAGGGUGUGAACGACUUUGAGUGGUCCCCGGCUACUGUUACCCGGGAGGGUGUUAAGGUGUACGAGCAAUUGCUCUGCUUCUGGACCCCCGAGAUUGGCAGCAACCCUGCCCGUGUCGGCAUGAUGAGCGUUCCCUCCAAGGAGAUUGUCCGUACCCGUAACCUGUUCAAUGUUUCAGAUGUCAAGCUGCACUGGCAAUCACAGGGUGCCUACGUUUGUGUUAAGGUCGACCGUCACUCCAAGUCCAAGAAGUCUAUGGCUACCAACCUGGAGAUUUUCCGCGUUCGUGAGAAGGGUGUGCCUGUUGAGGUUGUUGACAGUCUGAAGGACACUGUUAUCAACUUCGCUUGGGAGCCUAAUGGAUCUCGCUUCGUUCUUAUCACCACUGGCGAGAACCCCGUUGGUGCUGCCUCUUCCGUUUCUUUCUUCGCUCCUGAGAAGAAGGGUAACACCGCUGGUAACUUCAAGCUCGUUCGCACAGUUGAGAAGAAGACCAGCAACGGAAUCUACUGGUCCCCCAAGGGUCGUUUCGUCGUUGUGGCUACCGUUCACUCCCAGUCUAACUUCGAUAUUGACUUCUGGGAUAUGGACUUUGAGGGUGAGAAGAUUGAGGGCGAGAAGGAUCUUGCUGCCAACUUGCAGUUGAUGAAGACCAACGAGCACUAUGGUGUCACAGAUAUUGAGUGGGACCCCACAGGUCGUUUCGUGGUCAGCAGUGCUAGUGUCUGGACUCACUCGAUGGAGAACGGAUGGAACCUGCACACUUUCGCCGGUCAGACUCUCUCCGAAAACCCUACCGAGAAUUCAUCUGGCGACCACGCCCCCCCUACUUUCCUCAGCAAGGAGGAGCAGAAGCAAGUCCGCAAGAACCUGCGCGAGUACUCGAAGGAGUUCGACGAGGAGGACCGCUACGCCGUGGAUAUCGCCAACACCGCCGUCGUGGAGAAGCGCAAGCGUGUUCUCAACGAAUGGCUCGCCUGGAUGCGUCGGGAGAAGGAGAUGUCAAGCGAGGAGAAGGAGGCCUUCGGUUACCCCGAGGAUGUCGAUUCCCCCAAGUUGGCCAAGGAUGCUCCCGUCAACGUGGACGACCAAAGCGAUGCCGUGGUGGAGGAAAUUGUGGAGGAGAUCAUCGAGGAGACCGAGGAGGUCAUUGCCUGA